AGCCUAUUUCUGGCUGGGGAUUGGCUGAAUAACGGAGAAGGUAGCAAUGGCGAUGAUACCGGUAGCUGGAAGGAGUGUGAUAUUUGUCACCGGCAAUGCUAAGAAGCUGGAGGAGGUGGUUCAGAUCCUAGGUGACUCUUUUCCAUACAGACUGGUUGCAAAGAAGAUAGACUUACCUGAAUACCAAGGGGAACCUGAUGAUAUUUCUGUCCAGAAGUGCCAGGAAGCAGCUAAACAGAUCCAGGGACCAGUUAUCGUAGAAGAUACCUGUUUGUGUUUCAAGGCUCUCGGAGGACUUCCAGGGCCAUAUAUAAAAUGGUUCUUAGAGAAGCUAAAACCAGAAGGUCUAUACAAACUGUUAGCAGGAUUUGAAGAUAAAUCUGCUUAUGCUGUCUGCACCUUUGCCUACAGCACUGGAAAUCCAGAAGACCCAGUGAAGCUGUUCAAAGGCCAGACUCAUGGACAUAUAGUUGACCCAAGGGGACCAAGAGACUUCGGAUGGGAUCCAUGCUUCCAGCCCGAAGGUUACGAUCAGACGUAUGCUGAAUUGCCCAAGUCUGUGAAGAACUCAAUCUCUCAUCGUUACAAAGCCCUGAAAGAACUGUCUACCUAUUUUAUUCAAGAGCACAACUCAACAGAGGCCACAUCUGGUCCCAGUUAGCCUGCCUGGGUAUAUGAGAUGCUGUGGCUUUUGUACAAAAAACUGCAUUUGAAAUAGGAGGUCAGUGUUUCGCUGCCUGCACAGAUCAUGUCCAAUAAAGCUACUUUUCAUUAAA